AUUUGCCUGCCGGCAGCAGCAGAAGCAGCUUUUGGAGCCCACAUCAGGGGGGAAUAUGUGCGUCUGAUUGUGUGCCUACGUUUCUGUGUGUGUGUAUUUGCAUGUAUUUGUUCGCGCACAAGACUUUGAUUUAGAAUAAUAAACGCGACAAGUUAUUGUAAUUAGUACGUGAGCUUAAAUUAUAAUCGAAUAAACACGCGUCACAGGUAGCAAAAUAUAUUUAGCGAUUAUUAUAUCACAAUAAAUAUAAAAAGAAUAAUUGGCGCAAAUUCAACAAAAAUACCAUAUAAUCAAAAUGUAUACGAAAAUCUUUCGUGCUGUGAUAAUCGGAGCUCCUGGCUCAGGAAAAGGCACCAUAUCGGAUCGCAUUGUCAAGACCUUUGGCUUUCUGCACAUCUCCUCGGGCGAUAUUCUCCGCCAAAAUAUUAUCAACAACACGGAUUUGGGCAAAAAGGCACAACGGUAUAUUGCCUCCGGCCAACUGGUGCCCGAUGAGAUAGUGACUAAGACAAUGCUUGCCCGCAUCACAGAGGUUGGCAACAAGUCCUACAUUCUGGAUGGUUUUCCGCGCAACAGUGCCCAAGCGGACAUUUUGUCGGCGCGUGAGCAAAUCGAUGCUGUUAUCAAUUUAGACAUUCCACAUGAUGUGAUCAUCGAGCGUGUUAAACAUCGCUGGAUACACGCACCAUCCGGACGUGUGUACAAUAUCGGCUUCAAUGAUCCUCAGGUGGCCGGCAAAGAUGAUGUGACGGGCGAGCAGCUGACCCAACGCGAGGAUGACAAGCCUGAGGUGGUCUCCAAACGUUUGCAGCUCUACGAUGAGCUGAUGGGCCCAGUGUUGGCCUGGUAUGCGAAACGUGGUCUGGUAACCAGUUUCAAAGGUCGCGAAACCAAAGAAAUUUGGCCUCGUGUCGAGCGCUUUCUUAAGGACAAAGUCAACAAGGGUUAAGAGGGUGGUAUUGUGGCAAACAGAGAAAAACAGUUCAAUUUUGUGCACAAAUUUUUGUUUCUUAUUUAUAGGCAGCUGUUGCUAACGAGGAGUAAGAUGUGUUCAAUUAAGGCCUACAUAUAUAUUAGAUAUAUAUUAUGCGCAGUGGGGUGGGUCUAAAAGGGGGGUUCAUUGUAACUAAUUAAUCGUAAUUGCGAAGCCUUAUAAACUACAAACGAAUCAAAAGAGUAAAAAGUGUCCAAAUGUAUUUGUCUUUUGCCAUACAUGUCUAUACACUGAUAAUGUGCUACAACCAUCAAAAACAUUCCCCUAAUAAAAAUGUUUUAUUUUGAUAUGAA